AUGGAUCAAUUAUGUUCAAAUAUUUUUAAAGUUUCCGAGGGGGAAAUGGCUUUUAGAAAAUUUACAGAGAUAUUUAGGGAAAAUCAUAGUAGUUUCAAAGAUACUUUAAUUAAACAUAAAUUUUUUAUCAAAACAAUCAAUGAGUAUUGGGGAAAAUAUGUUGUAGAUGGUAUUGAAAAAGAAGAACAAAAAUAUAUUUUGGAAACAUUAUUUGAUAAUUUUAUGACAAACGUUUUUCUAGAUUGUAAUGAAUAUGGUUUUGAUGACUAUAAAAAUAAUCUUUCUUAUAACAAUUCAAUGACUUUACUAUUUAACCACAAUCCUUUUGGUAAUAAUGGUUAUUUCUAA